GUUUGCUGAAGGAGCCACAAACGGACGCGCGAGAAAGCUGGAGUGGAUAAGGAGCGACAUUUGAGGGAGACUCGCGUGCCAUUACGCACCAGGCUGCUCCGAUGUGGAGCUAAUCGAUCCAACUAACCCUCAUCAUCAUCAUUAUUGUGAUUUAUAUUCCAAUACGUGUUUAUGUGAGUGGACAGAAGAGGAGCGCGUCACGGUCAUACCGAGCACCGGGGAAAGUUGGAGUACAGCGGGACGAAGCAGCGGGAUGUUUAACGCGUGAAAAGCUGCAGGAAAGUGUUUGUUUCUCCGCUCUUGGACCGGAUGCUCUGUGGAUACUCGGUCACGCGCUGCUGCACCGGAACAUGCGGCCGUUACCGGACUCUGUGAGCUCCUCUCGGGUCCAGGAUCCCCGCUAACACCGUCUCCUGGGGUUUGUUCGUGCCUUCUCCGUCAUGCCGGCGGCAGUUUCACUGGUUUCCAGCGCAGAAAGAGAGAUAGGUAGUGAGUGAGAGACACCGAGAGAGCGCGUGAGAGAGAGAAAGAGAGAGAGGCACGCGGGAGUGAACCGGACCGGACCGCGCGGGAAACCGUUUUUAGUCUGACUCUGGGGAUUACAGCUGCACGCGACAUGAUCCUGAUCACUCUCAUCACUUUGGUGUCUCUGCUGGAUGUGUGCGUCUGCGACUCAGAGCUGGGCUCCCCCGGCUGGAGGGAACCUCUGGACUGCGUCCGAGCGUCUGAGCUGUGUAACCAGAACAGCCAGUGCAGCUCCCGGUACCGGAUCAUGCGCCAGUGCCUCUCGGGAGGGGACAAGGAGCGCAGCGCCAUGCUGGCCUCCAAGGAGUGCCAGGGGGCGCUGGAGGUGCUGCAGGACUCUCCGCUGUACGACUGUCGCUGCAAGAGGGGCAUGAAGAAGGAGCUGCAGUGUCUGCAGAACUACUGGAGCAUCCACAUGGGUCUGACCGAGGGGGAAGAGUUUUACGAGACGUCUCCAUACGAGCCGAUCCACUUCUCCGAGGAGUUCAGACACGCCUCCAUCAUCUCAGAUUCGUCUUUGUCCAAGAUGAGCCCCUGCUCCGAGGCCGGGAAACCCUGUAACCCCUGCCUGGACGCAGCCAAGGCGUGUAACCUCAACGAGACGUGUAAACGUCUGCGCUCUGCCUACAACUCCAUCUGCAGCAAGGCCACGCCCCCUCAGCCCUCUGUGGCCAAUCAGGAGCCGUGCAGCAGGAAAAGAUGUCAGAAGGCCCUGCGUCAGUUCUUUGAGCGCGUCUCAUGGGAGCUCAGUUACCCGCUGCUCUUCUGCUCGUGCCCGGACCAGGCGUGUGCAGAACGCCGCCGCCGCACCAUCGUCCCCUCCUGCUCGCACCAGGAGAGACACAAACCCUCCUGCCUGGAACUGCGGCGCACCUGUCGCUCCGACGCCCUCUGUAGGUCCCGUCUCGCUGAUUUCCACAUGAACUGCCAGAUGACGUCUCACACGGUGACCAGCUGUCCCCAUGACAACUACCACGGCUGCCUCAUGUCCUACGUCGGCCUCCUCGGCUCUGAUGUAACACCUAACUACAGCGACAGCAGCCCGUCCAACAUUACCAUCAGCCUGUGGUGCAGCUGCAGGGGAGCAGGAAGUCAGGAGGCUGAGUGUGACGCUUUCCACCGAGACUUCACACACAACACCUGCCUCAGAAACGCCAUCCAGUCAUUCGGCUACGGCUCAGAGGGAGGAGUUCAUCACAUGACCGAGCCAUCUUCCACCUUCCUCCCCCCCGCCCAGCCGCCAAUCAUCUCCAAACCCGCCCCCUCCUUACACGGCAACGCAAUCAAACCCAUGGACAGCGCGUGCAUGUUCUCCACCUGCGCCAACCUGCAGGAUGGAGGCCAGAAGUGCAUCCCCUCUGACGAGUUUGAGUGCGAGGAGGCUCUGUUGGCCCAGGGGUCAAUAGACUCUCAGGACUCUGCGGGGCCCAAGAGCGGCAGCCGGCAAUCAGCUCCGCUCCUCCACCGCCUCUCUGUGACUGUGUGUGUAUCCGUCCUGCCAACAUUUCUACUCCUCGUCUCAUAAACAUGAACGCUCACAUGCACACUGCACAAACACUCAAACCAACACACACACCCACAUACACACACACACACCCACACAGUCAUAAAUGGCAGAGAAAGUCACACGACUCUUAAGCCCUCCGCUGCGGGAAAAUGUCAACCACCAGACAUCCAAACAUCAUCUUCGGCCUUUAGAGGAGGGAAAGUGUUCUGGAGGACGUUCAGAUUCUCUCUCCACACACACACACACACACACACACACACACACACACACACACACACACACACACACACACACACACACACACACACACAAUGAAGAUGAGGAAUGGAAGAAGAGGAGGAAGAAGCGGGACUGAAUUUGGUUGAGAGGGCGGGGAAUUACAAAGGCAGAGACAGAGAGACUCUUGGGAUUUUGGAUCAUGCCGACUUCAUUUCCAAAUCUCCGGGUCUCGAGGGUUUGUGUUGCUUUUUGUGCAGACCCGUCGCUGACUCACUCCCUCCA